AACCGGACGAAUAGCUACUGAAGAUUUUUUGAUUGCAAUCGAUUCUAAAGAUUUUCGUCAAGAUCCAUAUGUUGCACGUAAACGUGCUGCACUUAAAUCCAAAGUUCUUGAAUAUGGAACCAGUUUCAUUACAAUCGAAGAAUUUAUCGAAGUUCUAAAUCAAAAACAAAAUCUAAAUGAAAUAUUUCGUUGUUUUACAAUACCUGGAUUACGAACAACAACAACAACCAAAACAACAACAACAAAUAUGACAAACAUUUAUCAUAAUUAUCUUUAUAAUAAUUUUUCAAAUGAUUUUUAUCGAUCACAUCAUUAUCAUGAAGAUGUUAUUAGUAGACAUAGACAGAUUAAUAAUUGGAAUAAACAACAACAACAACAACAACAACAAUCGUCGCAACAACAACAACAACAACAAUUGCGACAACAACAACAACAAAUACAGCAUCAUCCAUCAUCAAUAUCACCAAUAAUGAUAACUAAUCAAACGAAUUUCGAUGUUGAAAAUCAAAAUCAUCCAGCGGCAACAACAACAACAAUUUCACCACAAUUUGGUGGUGAUUUAAGUUUACCAAGUUAUUCGGCUAUUUUACCAUCAUCAAUAGGUCCGAUACCAUCGUCAUCAUCUUCAUCAUCAAACGGUAGCCGUUUGGUUGAAUUGCAAGAUUUUCAAAUAUUGCCCAAUAACAACAACAACUCGGUUACAACAACAACAAAUCAAUCACCAUAUUGUCAAUCGAUUCAUUUUGAUCCAAAUCAACAUUAUUAUCAUCAUCAUCCUCAAGUGCAAUUGCUUCAACAACAACAAUUAUCAUCAAAAACACCAAUGUUACCACCGUCAUCAACAUCCCAGUCAUCCUCAUCCAAAUCAUCAAUGAAAAAAAUAUUCAAUAAAAUGACCCGUACGGUUGCUAAACAUUUUCUUGAUGAUGAACGUGAUCGUAAAUAUUAUGCCGAUAUGUAUUCAUGUAUGCCACCACCAUUUUUCAUACUGACCAUAACAUUAGUUGAAUUAAUAUUUUUCGCUUAUUAUACAAUCGUAAAUCAAAUUGAAUUAACAACAUCUGGUCCAAUACCCACGGAUUCAAUAUUUAUUUAUCGUCCAGAUAGAAAAAAUGAAAUUUGGAGAUUUUUCCUGUAUAUGGUUUUACAUGCUGGUUGGUUACAUUUAAUUUUUAAUUUAAUUGUACAAUUAUUGGUUGGAUUACCACUGGAAAUGGUACAUGGAUCAACACGUAUUGGUAUUGUUUAUAUGUCAGGUGUAUUAGCUGGUUCAUUAGCAACAUCAGUAUUUGAUCCAAAUUGUUACUUGGUUGGUGCUUCAGGUGGUGUUUAUGCAUUAUUAGCUGCACAUUUAUCCAAUGUUCUACUAAAUUAUAAUCAUUUGGAAAUGGGAUUAUUACGUGUAUUGGGUGUAUUUUUAAUAGCAUCAGUUGAUGUUAGUAUUGCCAUAUAUCAUCGUUAUGCUAUUCAAUCGGAUAUUAUUAUGUUUCAAUCGCAACCAGAAUCAAUAUCAUAUGUUGCACAUUUAGCCGGUGCAUUAGCUGGUUUAACAAUCGGUUUAUUGGUGUUGAAAAAUUUUGAACAAAAACUUCAUGAACAAUUAUUAUGGUGGAUGGCAUUAGGUGUUUAUACUGCAUGUAUCAUUUUGGCAUUAUUAUUCAAUAUUAUCAAUUGAAAAUCAAAAACAAAAACAAGAAGCUAGUCCAUUUGUGAUCGCUGCAAGCAAAAAAACAAAAUAAAAUUUUUAUUGG